AUGUCCGAACAGCUGCAAACGGCUCUCCGGAUGCCGGUGAAUAGUAAGAUUACCCAUAUUGUUAUUAACGCCGAACCUGCAGGCAACUGGGAGUCUGGGACGGGUCUAAUGGCAAUCCUACCCUCUUCAACUGGAACUAGAGAAGAUGUUAAUAUUAUGGAGGCCGCGGGUUUCAUGCACGACCUUCAACGCGACCUUGAACUAGUAAUUACUGAUAGGCUAGCCUAUUACCACCACGACUUGAUCCGCGACCCACAGCAAAAACCACUCAAUAUCGUCGGUCCGAUCGGCAUCGGAGAGACAAGCAAGAGUACCUUGCAGUCGGCCCAUUAUCAUAUUUUGCUGUGGGGCAAAAUGUCUCCUGUACCAAUGUCCGCAGAUGCCGCCUUUCUGCAACGUACAGCGAAAAGAACUCAGACUGUGAGGAUCAGUGGUCGCGAUCGACGAUCUGAGCUCCUGUUGGCCAUUGUCAGUCCAAUGACAAAUUGCACACUUUUGCUUUGUGCCAAGCGUGCCGUUGAACCGAAGCUUGGUCGCAGCCAAGAGUCCACGUAGCGUGAACUUGGCGUUUCGAAGUAGCGGUCGGGAUUGAAAUUGAGUAAGAAUUGGACUUGGCAAGAUUAUUGUGAGCCUGUGGGGUACGACAAGUACGGGGCCUUCGCAUGUUCGAAAUGACCACCAUACGGUGAUAGAGCGCAAUACAGGUCUCUAACAGGUACUUUU